AUGAUGCUUUCGAGCCGAUCAAGGGCGAUCAUUUGCGCCCUCUUCCUCUUUCUGGUUAUUCUGGAAGUAAAGUCUUUUGUCCCUUACAAAAACUUUGCCGUUCCAACCACUUCUCAAUUGGAUGCUAUAUCUCGAAAGGGAAAAGAAAGCUCUAGACUAGCAAGGCUUCGCGUGAAUAGGGAUAGACUGCAUCGCGUUGUCAAAUCUAUUGAAUACUAUGGUCAGACGGAAGGAAGCGAAAGAAGGGCCUCUUGUGUAUUGUUGAAUGCUAUGAGGAUGCUCUUGGAAGCCAAAACACAAGAUAAGAUUUCUCAUGUUGGAAAUCUUUUGAACAAGAUUGAUAUUGUGAACGAAGAAUGCCGCCCAAUUCAAGAGCGUGUUAUAACUGCAACAAGCUUAGCAGGACUUGUUUCGAUUUCAACAAAUAUCCUCACCAACAUGCUACACUCUUCGUAUCUACCAUCGAGCAGAGCUUACAUUGCUGCUUGCAGUGCAUUGCGGCAGACUGGUCGUCUCGAAGAGCUUGAAAGACUUAUCUAUGACUUGGCUGAGUUAGGGACGAAGUUGGACACUGCCAUCGAUGUUGUUGCCUGGAACAUAUAUCUAUCCUCUUUAUGCAGCUCGAUUGACAGCCCCAAUGAUCCUACUCUUGCUCGCAUCUGGGAAUGGAUGCAGCCCAGUGUGGCACAAAGAUUGUUUCGCGUGACACCUGACGUGACAUCCUUCAAUAUUUUGCUCGAUGGGGCAGCAAGGGUGAGAAACACAACCUUAGUGGAGCGGGUUUGGCACGACUUAAAAGGCCAAAGAGGGGUCGAACCAGACAUUGUGUCGUACAAUGCACGAUUGAAGGCUUCAUCCGGGGCUUCAUCCAGGGCCGAGUGCUUUGACAUACUCGAGGAAAUUGAAAGCAGGAAUAUCUCUCCCGAUGCUUUCACAAUUGAUUUGGUGAGCAAUCAUUUGAUCCGAGCUGGUCGAUAUGACGAUCUUCAAAGUAUGGUUGAUCAGUUUCUGACCGACAAAUCGGAACGAGACAAGAGCAAAGCUUUAGCAGCCUUUUUGGUCACUCUAGUGCAACAGGAAAACAUCGAAUCCGCGCGAAACCUUUUCGACAGAUGCGCUUUGGAUGAACCAUCAGUCUCAUCGGUGUCUCCAUGCACUCGGCACUUUAACAUCCUUCUUGAUGGUUACAGCAAGAUUGCACAACUUAGCCUAAGUAAGGAUCAACUGGCAUUGAUCCAGAAAACACUCGAGAAUCCAUCCGGUACUUUUGAUAGCCUGGAUCUGGAUCCCAUCAAAGUGGCUGCGCUCACAGAGGGAAGAGAAUUGUGCCGAAUGGUUGUGUCAUUUGGUGUGGAACAGGACCCAUACACCCUCUCGUCCAUGAUAAGUCUUUGUAUCUCGUCUGAUGAGAUUAUUGAACUCAUGAAUGGUUCGACAGCGCCCUUGAGUCCUGCCGUAAUAAGAUGUGCUAUUACUUACCUUGGUCGUCUGGGGGAUCCAUCGCAGGCUUGCAGAGUUUUUGAUCAGUUUGCAUUUCAGUCCUACAAUAAUCGAGUCUGGAACGUUCUUCUUGGGGCUCUAUCAGAGGGUGCAAAACAAGGCAACAGUAUCUUGGACAUCAAGUCCACGAUCUCGUCCAAGAGACAUGUCCUUGAAGGCAAAGGCAUAUCUUCACUUGUUGAUGGCCUGACUUGUGCCGAUGCAGCUCAAACUCUUUUGAGUGCAAUGAAUGGCAUGAUGGAGCGAGUCGAAGCCCCAAAACCAAAUUCCCAGAGUUACUGCUUGGUCGCAGCAUCGGCCUCACAGAUCGAAUCUGUCGACCCUUCAAUUGCAAUGAAACUAUUUCGGAAUGCUACAAGCGAUGGAAUUCCAGCGGAUGGCCGGUUUGUGAAUGCGGUUUUGCGCUGUUUUGGAGGCAACUUAGAGCAAGCACUAAAAUUCUGGAAGGAAGAAAUGCGAAUGGCGUGUAUAGAACAUGAAUCGAGAUCAAGAACAAGGGCUAUUCCAAAUUCUAGGCGUCCGAAAAAGAACCUGAUUGCUGCAUACAAUGGACUCUUGUACGUCUGCGGCCGUGCCAUUCGACCAGACACUGCAGUAAGAGUGGCAUACGCAAUGCGCAAGGAGGGCCUUGAGCCAAAUGAAAUAUCACUCAAUGGCUACAAAGCUGGAAAGCGGCAGCAAGAAAAGUUGGACCGGCACAAAGAUACCAACUACAACCUGGGAGCUUGGUUCAAAUUUCUCCCAAAACCAAACAUGAUCCAGCAAUAUGAAAGCUUACUCUAUAUCGAAUGUACCAAGUACAACCCAGAUAACAAACGAACGUCAAAUGACCGACGAGUUCGCAUCAUUUUGUAA